AUGGAGGGUGUUGACGAGGGUAUCUUCGGCUGGGUCACUCUCAAUUUUCUCAAGGGCUCACUCUUCACAGCCUUCUCUCAGGGCACCCCGACUAAGUCGGGAGCGUUGUCGGGUUUGUUGGACUUUGGUGGUGGUUCCACGCAGCUCACCUUCCUCCCUCUCAAGCCGGCCUCUGAGGACUCCACGCCGGAAGGCUUCCUGCACAGUAUGUCGGACUGCUAUGUGGAACACUUCCAUUUUCCGUCCAAGGUCCGUAAGCUUGUACUGUCCGGAAUCGUUAUUCCCUCCUCUCCCCUCCCCUCCCCGUUGCCAGCCCUGUGUCAGCACUGUCCCAGAGGAGGGGUGUGUUCUCCUCAGCUUUUUGUGUGUUUUUAA